GAUCAAGCCCAUUUGGUAGGAAGACUCAGGUUGACACCCUCCGAGUGGUGAGGUGGACGCGUUUCUUUUGCAUGUAGCGGCAUCGCAUGCGACGUGAGUGAGGUUCACUAUACAGAAUCAUGUCUCGCCCGUUGGAAGUAAAGAGUUGCGCGGCUUAGAGACGUGAGUUAGAUUCUGUCUGAUUGUUAGAAAACGAAUAAUUGGAAGGAAAUUAGGGUUUGAAAACGUGAAAUUGUAAAUUUUGGAGCGAAAAUCUUGAAAGAUGGCAGGGGAAUCUCCAAGGCCCAUAAGGUUAAUGAAUUUCAUCUCGGAGGAGCAGUUGGAUCUGGCUAAGAAAGCGAGGGGUGAGCGGGUCGAGGACGGCACUGCGCAGAGAGAUAGACCUCUCUACGAGAUUUUAAAGGAGAAUAAAGACAAGCGGGAUGCAGAAUUUAAUGAACGCUUCAAGCAUAGGCCUCCUAAAGCUUUGGAUGACGAUGAGACUGAGUUUCUUGAUAAAUUAGAGAUGUCAAAGAGGGAAUAUGAGCGGCAAAUGGCAGAUCAGGAGGAGGAACAGCUUCGGAGUUUCCAAGCUGCAGUCGCUGCACAGUCUACCAUUGUACAUGAAUUGAAAGCGCCACCUGUUCCUGUGGUCCAGGAACAGAAAACCGUUGGGAAGAAGAAUCCGCCUGCUCGCUCAUUAAGUAUGAUUAUUAAAGUUAAACCACAGGCAAAGAAAGCAAAGCUAGAUGUAGGAAAUAUUGAACCUUCAGAUAUUGUGAGAACACCUGAUGAUACAGAAAAAUCUUCAGACCUAUUGAAAAUACCUAAUAGUGAUACUAACAAGUUCCCUGAUGUUGCUAAAACCGGUCUUGUUUCAUACAGCGAUGAAAGUGAGGAGGAUGAUUAGUUCAUUUGCUAGAAAUAUCUUAUUUAUAAUUCAUUUAAUUUCUCAAGUUCUUUAGUUUCAUGUAUACAAUUAUUAAUCGAGGUGGAAGCCGGGGCAUGCAGUAUGGCAGUAAGCCUGUCUCCUGCGCUGUUAUUGGGUAAAUUACUAUGCCCUUGAAGUUUAGUUUGUAUUUUUAAUAUUAAAUUAAAAUAUCUUUGCGGUUUUAUUUUGUUAA